AAUUUGACAGCUGAGUGAAACAAAACUGAAAAGCCGAAUCAAAAGUUGUCGGUAACCAAAGAGGACAACAAUAAUGUGUAAAUUAUAACCUUAAAUCAGUACAAUGUAGAUAUUCAUUCGAGUGUUAAUUAAAUAAUUAUAGGAAUUAUGUAGUGUUUAAAAUUAUUUUAUUAUUACACGUAAAAUUAUCGUUGUUGAAAUGGCGAUAACUUUCGGAAGAUUAUUUUAUAAAUAUACUAAAUGGUUUGUAAUAGCUGUUUUACUAGCAUUUUUCAUUCAUAUUUUUAUCGCUAUUAGUUUAUUUCCCUCUGCAAAUGACAAUUUAUUGAAAAAGAAUGGUUACGUCUCACUCGCUCGACAAGUUGUUGGUGAAGUUUCUGCCAGAAAAAACAGUUUUGGACCCAGUGAUGAUGAAGAUUUCCCAAGCAGUAAUAAGAUUAUCAACAAGCCUUCGGCUUUUCUUAGAUUAGAAGAACUUGAUUUUAAACCUCCUUGCGAAAUUAAAAGCAGAGAGGCUAUCUCGGCGAUUCAUCGUGCUAAGACACAAAAUUGCAAACAGCAAAUUGUCAACAAAACUUGUCUUAUUCAAACUGGACAUUUUUAUUCAGAAGAAUUACCAAAUUUCUGCAAUCGAAGCCGAACUACAUAUGGCAAACAUUUAGGAUGUUACAUAGACAAAAAGAAAAUGAGACUACUUACAGGUUUUUAUGGAAAUUAUGCCAACACAAACACACCCUCAGCCUGUAUAGAUAUUUGCAUCCAAGGUGGUUUUAUUUAUGCUGGGGUGCAAUAUGCAUCGGAGUGUUUUUGUGGAGAAAGCAUACCCCAGUUGUCAGGCACAAUAGCUACGGAAAUGUGUGACAUGAGCUGUCCUGGUGAUCCAAAACAAAAUUGUGGAGGGUACUUUACCAUGAAUAUUUAUGAAACAGGACUAUCAAAAUUUAAGCACAGAGUAACACAGACAACAAGCACGAAAAAGGAACCUGUGCAAAUUGUGUUCCUGUUGACAUUGAAUGGGCGCGCACUGAGACAAGUUCAUCGCUUAAUUAAUGCUUUAUAUAGAAGCAAUCACUACUUUUACAUACACGUAGAUAAGCGUCAAGACUAUUUACAUCGGAAGUUGUCUGCUUUAGAAAAUCAAUUUUCUAAUAUAAAAUUAGCAUCAAGUAGAUAUUCUACGAUAUGGGGUGGAGCAUCCUUGCUUACAAUGCUACUUGCAGCUAUGAAAGAUUGUAUGGCACUUAAAUGGCGGUGGGAUUUUAUAAUAAAUUUAAGUGAAUCUGAUUUUCCCAUUAAGUCAUUAGAAGAAUUGGAAAACUUCUUGUCAGCAAACAAAGGACUUAAUUUUGUUAAAUCUCAUGGACGUGAAGUACAAAGGUUUAUCAAGAAACAAGGAUUAGACAAAACAUUUAUUGAAUGUGACACGCAUAUGUGGCGCGUCGGCGAAAGGAAGUUGCCUAGAGGAAUAGUGAUUGACGGUGGGAGUGAUUGGAUUGCCUUGUCGCCAGAAUUUGUUUCAUAUAUCAUUGGGAAGCAAGAUCAGCUGUUGGCAGGUCUGGAUGUCAUAUUUCGACAUACACUGUUGCCAGCUGAAUCUUUUUUUCACACGGUGUUAAGGAAUUCACAUUUUUGUGGAUCAUAUGUCGAUAAUAAUUUGCAUGUCACCAACUGGAAACGAAAACUAGGCUGUAAAUGUCAACAUAAACAUGUCGUGGACUGGUGUGGUUGUUCUCCCAACGAUUUCAGAACUGAAGACUGGCCUAGGAUACAAAAUACUCAAGACCGACAGCUAUUUUUUGCAAGAAAGUUUGAACCAGUCAUAAAUCAAGAAAUAGUCAAUAGAGUAGAGCAAUUUAUAGGAUUUAAAGAUCAUUAUUUAUUGCCUAGUUUAGAGGCGUAUUGGCAAAGCAUUUAUAACAUUGAUGACUUAACUGCUAGUACAGACGACGUUAUUUUAACUCACGCCGCAAGCAUAGUGCGACAUAACGCAAGAAUUCUGUUAGAAGAAGGUUGUUAUAUAGAACCAAGUGACAUUAUUGAAAUUAGUUCUUAUAAUUACGCAGAUGUUUACAAAGGAAAUUUAAUAUUACAUAAAGCGAUUACACACGAUCGUAAGGAAAUAAUUAUAGAAACUUGGUAUAAACCUAAAAAACAUAUGGAACUUAAUUUUGAAAAUCCGUAUUUUGAUUCUGUAAAAAUAUUUAAAGUAAGUUCGGAUUACGAUCAGAAAGAACAGACAUUUAGAAAUUUAGCAAAUGUUUUAGGACCCUUGUCUGAGCCUGUUUUACAAUAUCAAUUUUCGGCUCUAUUAAAUAAGAAAUCAGAUAAUUAUACUAUAAUCUGGUUAGAUCCCACGGGAGCAAUCGGUGAUGUAAAUAGUAUACACGUAGAUGAUACGAAUCUAACCAAUCAUAUAAAACCUACUUUAAAAGCACCUCUUUUGCCUGGAAUUUGGAAAGUGGGAUUAUUUGACCAGAAUAAUAUAAUCGUAUCAACAAAGUUUCUCAUAUCACCUCUAGAAUAUUUUUCAGGUAAAGAAUUAUCUCCACAAGAAUCAAAUAUAAUUCAUAUUGGAUCUCAAAAUUCGUACAAAAACUUUUCACAUCUCAAAGUGAACAACUUUAUACCCAAGCAUGAAGAAAGUAUACUUUUGCAAAAAAUUUCCCAAUCGAAUGUACAAAGAAUACAUCAAGAUUUAAAAGAGUGGAUAGAUGGGCUUACCUCUGAAUUUUAUAACGUAUUAGGUUCCUGCAUGUAUUUGCACGACAAACUACCAUGUGGCCAUCAUAAAUUUGAGGAUUGUGUUUCAACUCAGUGGAGUUCAUUAUCUCCAGAUCCUAAAGGUUCUAUAGGCAAACUAAAUGAAUACACUGGACGUUUAGAAAGAGUAUGACACAUAUUCAUUUUAUAGAGUACUUAUUUUCCACUACUCAGAUUAGGUAGAUUAAUCCUCACUUACUACCUCGAUCGUGGUGAUCGCGACUGACCUAUUAGUAUAUAUAUUAAGGUGUAUAGGUGCAGAAGUUGAUAAACAUAAUUUACAUAAUCAAAUUUAGUACCAGUCGUUUUUCGGUGACUAAAGAGUUGUAACUAUUAAUUUUAUGUCAAUGCCUAUUUUGCUGUCUGAUAGAACUUUUUCUUUUUCAUUCCGAUUGUUCCUAUCCAACUGCUGUAUCUGAUCGAAGCGAAGGCUUUCGUAUAAAACUGCUACUGCAUUUAACUUUGGUUCAUAAUAUAACUUAGGUACAGCCAUCAAUUUUUGGUUCGCACUGCACCAAAAUUACGUACAUGUUAUACGUUAUAUUUUGUUAACGAAUUGAGAUAAUAAUUUAGUUAACUAUUAUUUUUGCUUGUUAUUCAUUUGUUUCUUAAGAUUCCUAUGUGGUUCGCACUUUCGACUGAUAGUAUCAUUAGCAUCAUUUUAGUCUCUAAGAAUAGUUUUACUGUAUAGCGCCUAGUACCUACUUCUGUAAGCGUAUUCGUUAAUUAUUGUCCUGAUAAACGAUAGCGUACCAUAACUAUGUAUAACGAAUUUUUGUAAUUACUUUAAAGCGGCAGCACGGAUUAUACGAAACUUCUUUUAAAAUUUUGUAUUGAAAUCAGUUUCUAAUCAACCAAAGCUGUUAAAGUUUAAGCUAUUAAUUUAAUUUUAUUAAUAUUAGGAAUUGUUUCAUUGUUUGCAAACAUUUAUUAAUUACAAUCAUAAUUAAUGCAAUACGGUACAUAGUAUUUGUGUAAAAAAGGAACUGUAAAUAUGUAACUUGGUUAUAUCCUAGUGUUAAAACUUGUAUUUAUGUAUAAAAUAAUAUUAAUGAAUAAAUUUAUAAAAUCAUUUUUAUGAAAAAAAAUAUUUACACAG